ACCGGAAAAGACACCACUUGGCACAUGCAGCUGGCAAUGGAGCAACUCAAGCGCCAGCGGCUCGCCAACGCCGGCGUGACGUAUCUCAUGCGCAGAUCUGAAUUCGACGCGAUUGCGAGCGCAUCACUCAUGUCCGUGCUCGCAUCCCCGCCGCAGCUCGCCCGCGUGGACGAGGUAGACCUGUACACGCUGCGGUCGGCGCUCGACUCGUCGUCGACGAUCGCGUCCAAUGCCGAGCUCAUACAGGCGCAGCUCGCGCGCUUCCUGCCCGCCGACUCGCUCGUGGACCUCGAGACUGGCGACGUGCGCUCGUACGCGGCGUCCGUGCUCCUCACGGCGUGCACGCAGUCGUCGCUCUCGGACGAGGCCAAGCUGCGCUUCGUCUUUGACCUCCUCGACGUCGACCGGACCGGGUUCGUCACGCGCGCCGGCAUUGCGUCCUUCCUCGAGACGACCAUGAAUGUGCACCACGUCACGCUUUGCGGCGUCAGCGUCGGCGACGUCCUCGACCGCGUCUUUGCCAAGACCAGCAACGGCGUGCUCACGUUUGGUGACUUUUGCUCCAUCUUCCACGAGCCGGCAUCGCCCGCUGCUGUCAAGGUCGCGCCAUCCGCGUCGCGGCCGCCGUCGUCGCGUCUCGACGCCAUCCUCGACUGGCUUGCGGCCCACUACACUGAAGUCCAGUUUCUCACCAUGUACUUUCUCCUCAACUUGAUUGCGUGCACGAUCAAGAUCACGACGAUUCCGUGGGACCCGAUCGCGGGCCAGCUCGCGCGUCUCGCCAAGGCCAUGGCCCAGAUCGUCCUCGUCAACGCCGCCUGCGUGCUUCUGCCCAUGUGCCGGUCGCUCGUCACUGCGCUGCGCAACGUGCGCUGGCUCUGGGCGAUCGUCCCGUUCGACCACACGAUCGCCUUUCACAAGCUCGCGGCCGUCGUUUUGCUCUUGGCGUCCGUCGUUCACUCGGCGGCGUGGGUGCUCAUCGUCGUCCGCGCCCGCGAAGCAUCGGACCUCGACUGGAGUGUUUCGAUCCUCAACAAGAAAAAGACCCGGCUCUUGCGCUACGGCACCCUCCUCGACAUUGCCGCCGAGCUUCCGAUCUGGACCGGCCUCGCCAUGCUAGUCUGCGCACUGAUCGCCGUCCCGUGCACGCACCACCGCAUCCGUCGGGCGAAUUUCAACCUCUUUUGGCUCAGCCACUGCCUCUUCGUGCCGUUCACAGUCUUCCUCUUUAUGCACGGACUCGACGGCUGGAUGGCGCCGCCGCAGACCCAUUUCUGGAUGGGUGGACCACUUAUCGUGUUUCUCAUCGAGCGCCGGUACCGCGUCUCGGCCGUCUUCGGCGGCUCGACGCAUAUCCUCAAGGCGCACAUUGCGUCCGACACGGUGGCCAUCUACAUGCACAAGCCGCGCGGCUUUCGCGAUUUUCAGCCGGGCAUGUACCUUUUCUUGAAGGUGCCAAGCCUCUCGCGCUUCGAGUGGCAUCCGUUUACGAUCUCAUCGUGCCCGGAAGACAACUAUCUGAGCGUCCACGUGCGGCGCGCGGGCGACUGGACCGGCGCGUUGCACGACCGCCUCGCGGACACCAGCCAACCCUACCCCGCGAUCGCGAUCGACGGCCCCGUGGGCACGCCGUCGCAGGACUAUGACAACUACCCGGCUGUGGUGCUCAUCGGCGCCGGCAUUGGUGUCACGCCGUUCGCUUCGAUCCUCAAGCACCUCGUGCACGUGUGGGAGGAGCACCGGUGCCCCGACUGCGGCGUCGUCCAGCUCCCGAAACGCAUAGCACUCCAGAAAAUCUACUUUUUCUGGGUCACGCGCGAGCAAGAGAACCUCGGCUGGUUCCGUGACACGAUGCAGCAGCUCAGCCUCAUGGACACGGACAACCGGCUCGAGAUCCAGACGUACUUGACGCCACUGAGCCGCGAGUCGGUCGUUGCGCCGCUCCGCCUUAUCCAGACCUUUAUGCAGCUCGAGGACGGUCAUGACGUCUUGACCGGUAUCGCAUCCAAGGACAAGAACGUCACCCACUUUGGCCGCCCCGACUGGUCGGCGGAGCUGGCGCGUAUUGGCCAAGCCCACCGGGGCAGCGAAGUCGGCGUCUUCCUCUGCGGCCCGCAACCGCUCAACCGAACGGUGGGCGCCGCCUGCCACGCUUUCAACCAGGCACAGACGGACGGCACCGCGUUCUCGUACCACUCGGAAAAGUUCUAAUCCCCCUGUAACCUAACCACGUAAAAGACUAUGAAAUUAUUGUCCA